CAAUAUGAAGUUGAUCACAUUUUCCAUGAUAAUUUUCGGAGCUAUCGCCACCAGUGAAGCAUCGGUAGUCCCCAGCAACAAAGAUAUAUAUGUUCUGGACCAACCUACAUCAAAUAAUAUAUACAUAUCCCUACUACCAUUGGAAAACCCAAGCAAACAUACUGGGACGGAACCUAAAGAAUUGAACAUUUUACGUCAACAAAUGAAAGAGAUUAUGAAGAGGAUGUGCGGCCGAGAUGUCAAGUCGGGUGAAACGGAAUCGGACAUGUAUACCUGUGCGAUUAAGACGCUUACUUCGUUUAUUGGGUGUAUGCAUAUGGAUACAGAUGGUUUGAAAGAUACAAUUGAAGCCGACCCGUUUAUGAAAUGCCUCAGCCAGGCCCUGAGCGUGUUCGUGAAAUGCCUGAUAUCAAAACCAUCGUCUGUAGUUGUCGAUAAUUACGCUCCCGAUGUAGUUAUGCAUGUGAAAUAAUUG